AUGAAAAGCCUCGAUGUCGCAGAAAGACAAAUCCACGAAGCCCAGCUCAUCAGGGCGGAGCUGUUCAACGACAAUGAAAAUUCGACCCGCAUCUUUCGUGUUUUAAUCUCUCCCAGGCGUAUAACCCUCCACGGGCCAGAGCUGGAGACUAAAAACAGGAUCCUCAGAAAAUUUGACGGCAAGGCCGACUUCUUUUUCCGAGUCCAACUCUGCGAUGAGAACGGCCAGGAUUUGCUCUUCAACCCCACCAUCUCACUUGACACUGUUUACAGUCGGUUCAAGUCAAUACUACGCAAAGGAAUUGCAGUCGCCGGCAGGCAAUACAAGUUUCUGGGCUUUUCCCACUCUUCGUUGAGAGCCCAUUCACUGUGGUUCUCAGCCCCGUUCUACCACGAGGGUAAAUUGCAAAUCCCCGAAUACAUCAUCGAGCAGCUGGGCGACUUUGCGCCCAUUAGAUCACCGGCUCGCUGUGCUACUAGGAUUGGUCAAGCGUUUACCGAAACGCCAUACUCUGUGUCCCUUGUAGACAAUGGGGUCCAAACGAGCGAAAUCCCGGAUGUGGAAAGAAAUGGCAGGGUGUUUUCCGACGGGGUGGGGGUGCUUUCGCCCCAGACAGCAGAGGCAAUCCAUGCUGCUAUCCCUGAAUCCAAGGGCAAGCCGACCUGUUUCCAGAUCCGAUGGGCCGGGGCCAAAGGAAUGCUUUCUCUGGACACGGAACUCGGGGGCAGUCAGAUCUGUAUCCCGCCGUCCAUGAAAAAGUUCGAGUCACCCGACGAAGCAAACCUGGACAUCUGCGACAUGGCUUCCAAGCCAAUACCAAUGAUGCUGAACCGCCAAAUGAUCAAGAUACUGGAAGAUAUGGACGCACCACCCUGGUGGUUUUUGGAGCUGCAGAGAAAGGAAGUCAACCAUCUACGUGCCAUCACGAGGACCGUCUCCAGUACGGCCAGCUUCCUGGCCAUGAAGGAUAUCGGGGAGAGUAUUCGUCUCCCACACCUCCUCCGGCAGACCGAGUCCAUGGGGGUUGGCUACCGCCAAGAUCUGUUUCUUUGCAGUGUGGUGGAGACGGCCCUGCUGAAGGAGAUCAAGUUGAUCAAACACAAGGCACGCAUCCCUGUCCCCAAAGGUAUCACUCAGUUUGGUGUCAUGGAUGAGACGGAUCCCUGGCACCGCACCCCGGCGAUAUCCAGCUCGCCCACCACGUCAUCCCUCCCGAGGGCCAUCCUCUCCUGCAGUGUCGUGUUCAGCCAGCGGGGGGACAGAGAUCUGUCCAGCAUACUCUCGGGGGGAGACCUCGACGGGGAUAUUUACAACAUAAUCUGGGAUGAGGCAAUUGUGAGCCAAGUCAGGUCAUUUUCACCAGCCGACUACCCAUGCCUACCGAUCGUGGAGCUUGGCAGAAAGGUGGAAGCAGCUGAUAUGAUUGAUUUCUUUGUCGACUUUAUCAGCCAGGAUUGCUUGGGUGUGAUCGCAACAUGGCACAUGAUACUUGCAGACCUCGCACCGCAAGGCACGCAUGAUAGCGACUGCGUUAAACUGGCCGAACUCCAUUCCCAGGCCGUGGAAUUUUCCAAGACAGGGAGGGCGGUCAAUCUUCGCGAGCUUCCCAAAACCCCCAGACAAGGACGACCUCAUUUGUGCGUGCAUCACCAAAACUGUCUCGAUGUCUGCCUACAUGAACAGGUUGUGCUGACGUGUAUCUCAGUCUUGCCGCAGGGUCCCAAGUGCUCGUCCAAGAAAAAGUAG